AUGCUCAGUCGCAAGACCACUAUGCCGCUUAUUGACGCAGCGGUUGCCAGAAAUUCUUUUAAUUCUUGUGCAGCUGGAAACUUCGUCACGAACCCGGAAGAUCCGCGGAAAAACGCGUCCUGCGACAUUUCGGCGCUGGCCGUGAAACGCAGGCCCCGCAAACGGGACGACGCCGUUCUUCCUUCGAUAUCGUCCAAUUGGAGACAAAAUGGCAACGUUACUGGGAGGAAAACGAUGUGUUUAAGGCGGAAGAACCGGAAGGCGGUCGAGGGACGGGGACGCGACUAUGGCGACGUCGAAAGGAAGCCCAAGUUCUACGGACUAUGUAUGAUACCGUAUCCAUCAGGAGAAGGGCUGCAUGUGGGACACUUGCUAGGGUACACUAUUCUCGAUGUAAUAAGUCGAUACAAACGUAUGAGAGGAUACCGUGUCCUCUGUCCGAUAGGUUGGGAUUCCUUCGGGCUGCCUGCAGAAAGACACGCUGAAAUCGUGAAAAGAGAUGUCAGGGAGGUUACCGAAGCCAAUAUUCAGACAUUCAAGCGACAAAUAAAGCGAAUGGGAUUCGCUUACGACUGGUCACGCGAACUACGAACGAGCGAACCCUCAUACUACAAGUGGACGCAGUGGAUGUUCCUGCAAUUCUAUAAACGUGGCAUCGCUUACAGAUCAACUCAAACGGUGAAUUGGUGCCCGGAACUGAACACGGUGCUGGCAAACGAAGAAGUCAAAAAUGGACUCUCAGCGCGAGGGGGGUUUCCGGUUUAUCGCAAACAGGCGCCACAAUGGCUAUUGGGGAUUACAAAGUAUGCUAAAAGAUUAGUCGAAGGACUGGAUUCACUAGAAUGGCCACAGUCAAUCGUUGCUGCCCAGAAGAAGUGGAUAGGUCUCGAACAUGGAUACAAAAUCAAAUUCGAAGUAAACGACACCUCGCCAUCUGUCAAGGCCUUAUUUGGCUUCGAAACUUAUCUAAAUCGCUUAAAAUAUAUAGAACGCGUGGAGUUAACGACUGAUAUGGCAAAUCUAUUUGAUUUCGUGCACCCAUCGGCAACGGAACACGUGAAGCAGCUGGUCGACAGUGCCGCCAGAAUGUCAAAUAUCGCACGAAAUGAAAACAAAAGGGUUGUUGAAACCGGAAUCGAAGUGCGUAAUCCCAUCACAGGGCGUCCAAUAAAGGUAUAUGUGACUAACGCGCCGCUGCUCUUUACUCAACCCAUCAACUGUCGUAUCGUUGCCAAAAAUGUGGAUGCAGUAGCAGAUGAAUCCCCAAGCGUCGGAAAUACCGACAAAUGCGUCAAUGAUAUCUUUCAUACCACGAUUGACGGAACGUAUCCCGAUAGCGCAUACAUUGAGCCAUUCGUCAAUCUAAAGUUAAAAGACUGGAUAUUCAGUAGACAACGACAUUGGGGUGAACCAAUACCCCUAGAACGGCGCGGAGGAGAAUAUGUACCCGUUAACGAGAAUGAGCUACCGCUGGAAUCAGGAACACAGCACGAAGAAACGAUGCCACAGUGGGCAGGCACUUCAUGGCACUACCUGCGUUUUUGCGACCCUGCGAAUUUCAAACAGCCUUACGGAGAAGCUGCCGCCUCUUACUGGAUGCCAGUGGAUCUAUAUGUAGGAGGAGUCGAACAUGCAGUGUCCCACCUGCUAUACGCCAGAUUCUGGAACAAAGUCCUUUUCGAUAUGGGCGUUUCACCCGUAGAAGAACCAUUCAAAAAAAUUCUGCUCCAUGGGAUAGUCAGAAAUGCGUUGUUCACGGUUGACGGGCGUCCCGUUGACGAAGAAGAAGUUAUAAAACACAAGGGGGGUUACGUUUUGAAAGGUGAUCACAACACCAAAGUCGAUGUCAAGCUGGAAAAGAUGUCGAAAUCCAGGGGGAACGCAGUAUCUCCAGACCCUAUAAUAGAUAAAUAUGGCGCAGAUGCGCUGCGGUUACAUCUCCUGUUUCUUGGACCUGUGGCUAAAGAUAGGGUGUGGUCCGAAAAAGGGUUGAUUGGUGUCUCCAAGCUCUUAGAUCGCAUAUACAACUUCUUUACCAAUGUGAACAUAACUGAGGAUAAGCACGACAUCAAUGGCAGCCUGAAGCAACUGGUUGAAAAAAUCACCUCGGAUAUAGAAAAUUACCAUUUUAAUGUAGCCGUGUCUGAUUUCUUCAAAUUCGUACCUGAGAUGCCUAAAUUAGCCAGGCGUGGAGAAUUGGGGAGAAAUGUUGCGAACAUAUAUCUCAAAUUACUUGCGCCAUUCGCACCACACGCAGCUGAAGAAUUGUGGCAUUUAGUGAACACGAAUGCCGCAGGCUCCAUAGCUCAUACAUCAUGGCCAACGCCAUCAAACAUGAAUAUGCCGUAA